AUGCACGUCUCAAAAACCCUUCUCCUCCCUCUUUGUCUGGCCACCUUUUCCUCAGCCCUCAGAACGGGCUGCAGAGAUGGCGAAGUUGCAGUAGGCACCUGGCAGACAUGUACACUGGGCGAUCCCAGAGGCGGCCCCAGUUGCGGUGACCUGCACGCAACCAUCUACGCCAACGACUGCGGCAUGAUCUCUUACUCGCGUAACGAAGGAGAUAUUUGUGACGUUGAUGGUGGCUGGCCUUCUGGACUAAAACAUUCUUAUACCAUCGCUACCUGGGGAUCUAAGGAAACAUGA